CGAGACAAAAAACAUAUGUCCGUAGUCCGGGAUACUAUAAACUGUGUUGCCAAACAAGUAGCAUCAUCUUGUCACCCGCCAUCUCCAGCUCGAGUAUACUUGACUCUAAAUCAAUUGCCAAGACAAAAUCCUUUUUGCCGUGAGUUGAGGAAACGUUAUGUGGUCGUUAAUCCUACUCCGACGCCAUCUUUCAGAACUCCAAGAAUCGUUUGCAUGGCAGAACCUUAUUUGAUAGCAAAACUAGAAUCUGCUGAGAAUACAUGGAAAGAAUUGUCGGUCAAGUUGGCUGAUCCUGAUGUUGUCUCGAAUCCUAGUGAAUACCAAAAACUGGCGCAAUCCAUAGCAGAGCUUGAUGAGGUUGUGUCCACUUUCAGAAGAUUCAAGGACUGUGAGAAGCAAUUAGAAGAAACCAGGGCUUUGGCAAAAGAGGAUGGGAAUGAUGAAGACAUGGCUGAAAUGAUAGCCUUCGAAAUCAAUUCUUUAUCCAAUGAACUCAAAGAGCUUGAGGAGAAGCUUAAGGUACUACUACUUCCCACUGACCCUCUUGAUUCAAGAAACAUAAUGCUCGAAGUAAGAGCUGGUACUGGUGGUGAUGAGGCUGGAUUAUGGGCUGGUGAUCUUGCCCGAAUGUAUCAAAAAUUUAGUGAACGGAACUCUUGGAAGUGCUCCCUAGUCUCAAGCUCUGAGGCUGAAAAAGGAGGAUUCAAAACUGUUGUGAUGGAGAUCAAAGGAAAUCGUGUCUACAGCAAAUUAAAAUAUGAGUCUGGUGUUCACCGGGUUCAACGAGUGCCUCAAACAGAAGCUCAAGGUCGUGUCCACACCUCUACUGCAACUGUGGCCAUCAUGCCUGAGGCUGAUGAAGUUGAGGUGGAAAUUGACCCAAAAGACAUAGAACUUACAACAACAAGGUCUGGAGGCGCUGGAGGACAAAAUGUCAACAAGGUUGAGACAGCUGUUGAUCUUUUCCACAAACCAACGGGAAUCCGCAUCUUUUGUACCGAAGAAAGGACUCAACUUCAGAACAAGAAUCGUGCCCUUCAGUUGCUCCGAGCAAAAUUGCAUGAGAUUAAAUUAAGGGAACAACAGGAGAUGAUAAGGAACCAACGUAAGUCGCAGGUUGGUACUGGUGCUCGUGCAGAAAAGAUACGAACAUACAAUUACAAGGACAACAGAGUUACUGAUCACCGGCUGAAGAUGAAUUUUGAACUCACAUCGUUUCUCGAUGGCAAUAUAGAGAAUGCAGUUCAGGCUUGUUCUGCUAUGGAGCAGAAGGAACUCUUAGAAGAACUAGCAGAGUCUGUGGGUGCACCAUAUGGCUAAUUUUUUACACUGGUAGAUUUGUUUGAAAAUUAGGGUGCGCCUAGAAGCAGAUGGACGAAAGCUGUGGUGUAAUUGCUUUUAACUACGAAGAAAACUAGGACUGUUCUGGACUGAUGUCCUCAGGAAUGUUGCUUCCCCAUGUCAGGAAUCUUUCCAAGGCAGUUCAAAUUGUUUGAACGCUAUGCAUUCAGUAAGGGUGCAUGAAUUGGCUGUUUUGUGUAAAACCUGUUGGCCGUCUGAAUAGACGUCAAAAUUGCAUGUAAAAUUUCAAUUAUAAUGUUAAUUGGUGCCACAUUUCAUGUUUAA